AUGGAUCGAGGAUUGAUGCUGAUAUUGAAACUGGGAACUCUACAGUGUGCACCCUUCCACCCGAGGUACGACCUGCGUCUCAACGCAAAAGUUCGAAUGUAUUGUGAAUUCGGCGGGACGGUCAAGAAGUGUGAAGAAUGGCUACAGAAGAACCACCCUGACAUGCACCAGAAGUUAUACUCGGAAGAAACAUUGAGCGCCAACCUAUCAGCUCUCUCCGUCGAUGCCCAGAAAAGAGCAGAAAAAGAUGCUGCCAAAAAGACUGCCAAAGCUGCGGCGGCCGAACAGCGCGAGGCGGAACGAAAAGCGGAAGCCAUCGUCCUGAUAAAGCGUGUCGAACGAAACAAGCGGAAGUACGUCACAGUGGUCUCGGGCUUGGAGGAGCAUGGUUUGGAUUUGAAAAAGAUAGCCAAAGAGCUGGGCAAAAAAUUCGCGACGGGAAGCAGUGUCACCAAGACAGCGGCGGGAGGGGAGGAAAUCACCGUGCAAGGUGAUGUGAGCGAUGAUCUAUUUGACUGGUUGCUGGAGAAGUAUCCUGAGAUACCAGAGGAUAAUUUGGAUAUGAAGGAUGAUACAAAGAAGAAAGCUUGA